AUGAAAAGCUCGGAUAAAUCGUUUAUAACUCCCUUCUCACCUGAUUUUGCUCAGUUUAGGAUGGAUAAUAUCGAGAUGGUAUAUCAUGCAAUUGCGGUACUAAAUGGGUCUGACAAUGCUGCAUGCAGCAAAGCUAGCAUAUGGCUUGGCGAAUUUCAGAAAUCUGUGUAUUCUUGGUCUUUGUGUGAUCGUAUAUUAUUUGAACAUCGAGAUUCGACAGCCAGUUAUUUUGCUGCUCAAACAAUGAGGCAGAAACUGUUGCAUUCUAUGAAGGAAUUGCCAUCUUCUUCACAUUUGUCUUUGAGGGAUUCGCUAAUCGACCACUUGAGAAAUUACGAAUCUUAUCCACUUGAAAGGAAUUCGGUGAUCAUUACACAACUUUGUUUGGCGCUUUCUGAUCUUUAUUUACAAGUUCCGGAAUGGACUAAUUUUGUCGCAGAAAUUCUUGAAAGGCAUGUUUUGUUACGUAUAUUUGGAACGCCUGAUAAAACUCCUGUUUUACUUACUUUUUUGAAAACUCUACCAGAAGAAGUACAAAGCACACAUCUGAGGAUUGGCGAAAAUCGACGCCGUGCAAUUAACACAGAAUUGGCACAAAAGACACAAACAGUCAUUCAGUUUUUAAGUCAAAUUUGUGCUUUUAAUGGUAAUGACGAUGCGAUACUGAAAAAAGUUCUGAGCUGUUUCAGUUCUUGGUUGCUAAAUCCUCUAAUUCCUACUGACGAUAUCGCAGCAAGCGACCUGCUCAAAUAUGUUUUCUCUCUUCUGCAGAAUCCAAAUUCACCCAAUUCACUGCACGAUUCGGCUUGUGAAUGUAUUGUAUCAGCAUUAUAUCGUGCUGAAGAUACCAAUGUUAAUCGUGCUCUAGCUGUUGCUCUGCAAACUGCGUGCUAUGGAAUGGCGGACAGCUUUUCAAUGGCUGUCGCCAAUGAUGAUUUUGAUAGGUUACAAGGAUAUGCGCGAGUAUUCUGUGAAUUAAGUGAAUCACUCCUAGAAUGUAUGAUCCAGGAGCCAGGACAAGGCCUUGGUGAUUUUCGAAGUAUCGAAAUGUUGCUUCUUCUGGCGGGCUAUCAUGAUUAUAAUCUAGUGGAAAUGACAUUCAACAUCUGGUACCGGCUUUCUGAAUAUCUCUAUGAAAGGAAUGACGAUGAGUUGAAUGCUCAGUUCAAGCCAUACAUCGAAAGGUUGGAUAGUUUACGUUAUGGUUCUUGUUACCUGAGUGAAAUAGGUGAGUAUAUCAUGGCACUUUACAAACAUUGUCGCUUUGAUACUGAUCAGGAAGAUGUUCCUGACGAGAAUGAUGAUUUUGUUGAAUUUCGAGGUCAAGUAUCCGACACACUUAAAGAUGUUGUUUUCAUUGUUGGAACUGAUCGAUGCAUUCAAAGCAUGUUCUCAAUACUGCAGUCGGUUUCAUCAGGUUCUUGGGACGAAUCGGAAGCUGCUUUAUAUAUCAUUUCAGUGAUCGUACAUAACGUUCUUCCGACGGAAGAAACAGUGAUUCCUCUUUUGGUUCAUGCUGUACUGGUUAUGCCCGUUAUUUCCCAUCCCAUACUGAUUAAUACCUCCAUUAAAUUGCUUGGAAAUUUAAUUGAUUGGUUGCAAGAAAAUAAACAGUAUCAAGGAAGAUUUAAUUUAGAGCCAUGCAUCACUUGGUUAUUGGAUAAAGUGCAAAAACCAUGCUUUGUUCGGGCUGCUUCCGAAUCUCUUUAUGGAAUCUGUGAGAAGUGCGAAAGUAAUUGUUUGGAGCAUUUCGAUUCUAUACUUGCUAUCAUUCCACUCCUAGAAAGUGGCGAAAACAAAGGACAACAGCUAGAGAAUUCCAUUCUCUUACUUCUGCAAGCUUGCUCUUCAAUGCUGAAUGGUUUGCCAGGAGAGGAAACUGCAGCUCGAUUAAGGCGCUUAGUUGAACCACAAAUGACACGUUUGGCUGCACUUCUUAAAUCAAAGGCAGAUAUAUCAUCUAGCGAAUCACAAGAUAGCAACGAGAAUGCAUCAGAUUCAUGGUAUCUUUUGAGUCGCGAUCCAGUUUUAUGGGUAGAUAGAAUAGCUGCAAUCUUUCGGCAUGUUCAGCCUUGGACGCACCAGGCAUGCAAUCCAAAAAACAGUGCCCAAAAUGGAAGUUCUACAAAUACAAACGAUGAUGUCCCGACGUUGUGGAUUGCAACGGUGAAAGAAGUUUGGCCAUUUGUUUUGGAAACUUGCAGAAAAUAUGAAAAAAAUACUCGAGUCGUUGAGCAUUGCUGUCGUGCGAUACGAUUCAUGAUACGCUUUCUUGAAGUUCAUUCGAUUACUUUUAUUGAAUCCCUCGUUGAACAGAUGGUUGAUAUAUAUAAUCGCCACCCUCAUUCAUGCUUCCUGUAUUUGGCCAGUAUUUUGGUUGACGAAUACGGUCAUUUGGAUAGCUGUCGCUCUGGAUUAGUUCAUAUGCUUAACAUUUUAUGCAACGAUUCGUUUAAACUGCUGCAAGAACAAAAUGGUUUCCGCAAUCACCCAGAUACAAUCGAUGAUAUGUUUAGAUUGGCUAUCAGGUUCGUACAGCGUGCGCCAUCAGUAUUUUUUCAAGAACCAAUGAGUGCUCAGUUAUUUGAAUGUGGACUUGUUGGUUUAGAUGUUGAUCACGUUGAUGCGAACAGAUCAGUUACCAAAUUCUUUUCCGAAUGUGUUACGUCGUUACUUAUCGCAAGAAAGUCCAAUUAUCGAGAUGCAGGUGUAGAAGGAGCUGAGCAACUCUUUUUAAAAUACGGCGAAAGAUUGAUUAGCGGAUCUCUUCAGGCGGCUGUAUUUAGCGUGUCGGGUACUUUAAAGCGUGAUAUGGCCGAAAUUAUUUAUUUAAUUGGUAAACUGUCGGAAGAGCAGUUAUCUGUCUGGUUGAAGGCAUCACUGGAAAAAUUUCCUCAUAAUGGAGGUCUUUGUGCAACAGUAGAACAACUAGAAUGGUUUCAUAAAAAUGUAUUGGAAUCGACCGACUUGCGACAAGUAUACGCUCAGAUUCGUGAUUUAAUUCGGCUCUAUGUAUGA